GUCAACCACCUUGCAUAUAUUGCAAGUAUGGCGGCCCAGGCAGCAACUCGCGGAGUGCUCAGCCAAAAGUUCGCCGUUCCGAGUCUCACAUGAGAAGGAUGAGUAAAUCACGGCCAAAAGCAAGAAGAGCAGCGUGGCGACAGCGAAGUGGGCAGCGGCCUUGAUGCGGACACAAGCCGGCCGGUCUGUGGCGGCGUCCGGCUGACGGAGGAGUCGCCUGGAUUUAGUCUUUGCCUUCAAUUUGAGUUAAAAAACUCUCCCGGUCAGGAGUGAGGAAGGGGCUCGGAGUGCGGAUGCGGAAGUCCGGAGGAAAAGUGAGCACCCUGGUUGUUGGAUUAAAACAAAACAAACUUUAAAUUCACAGAUUUGGUGGCGAAAGUGCUUCCAAAAAGUGCAGCCAACUGUUGACUACUCCGUGCGCUUUCAACGGAACCAGCGGCUAACGCUAGCUAGCCUACAUGGCUACCUUCAUCGCACAACAGCGUACGAUAACUUUAUAUCACCACAUUCCUGUGAAACACCCCAAAUUCCAUUAAUGCAUGAUAAAAGGAGCCACACCGCAGUGGUACCCAUCUGCCUCACUGAAACUCCGGGAGGAAGCCAGUUAAAAGGACUCCUCCUGUCUUUCCUCGUCUUAAACCCUUCAAUUGUCAGACGCCGUGCGACUGAGUCCAGCUUGGAGCGUUCCCGGCUGCGGCCUGGCAUCCUGCCCUUAUGGGGCAGCAGCCGGGGAAGUUUGUAGGGGACCAGAGGAGACCCAGUCUGCCGGCCUUCAUCAAGGGGGUGAAGAGGGACUCGACGCGCCACGGGAGCCAGCCCUGCAAUGUGUUUGCUGUGCACGAAGCUCUCCAGAGACCGGACUUUGAGGGUCAGGGACUGAGCGAAGCAGCUCGCUGGAAUUCCAAAGAGAACCUGUUGUCUGGACCCAGUGAGAAUGACCCCAACCUGUUUGUGGCUCUCUACGACUUUGUGGCCAGUGGCGACAACACACUCAGCAUUACUAAAGGCGAGAAGUUGCGCGUGCUGGGCUACAACCACAACGGUGAGUGGUGCGAGGCACAGACCAAGAAUGGCCAGGGCUGGGUGCCAUCCAACUACAUCACCCCCGUCAACAGCUUGGAGAAGCACAGCUGGUACCACGGGCCUGUGUCGCGCAACGCAGCAGAGUACCUGCUUAGCUCAGGCAUCAACGGGAGUUUCCUGGUGCGCGAGAGCGAGAGCAGCCCCGGCCAGAGGUCCAUUUCCCUACGAUACGAGGGCAGAGUCUACCACUACAGGAUCAACACCGCUUCGGACGGCAAGCUGUACGUCUCCUCUGAGAGCCGCUUCAACACGCUGGCCGAGCUGGUGCACCACCACUCCACUGUGGCCGACGGCCUCAUCACCACGCUGCACUACCCGGCGCCAAAGCGCAACAAGCCCACCAUCUACGGCGUGUCGCCCAACUACGACAAAUGGGAGAUGGAGCGCACCGACAUCACCAUGAAGCACAAGCUAGGCGGUGGCCAGUACGGCGAGGUGUACGAGGGCGUGUGGAAGAAGUACAACCUCACGGUGGCUGUCAAGACACUGAAGGAGGACACAAUGGAGGUGGAGGAGUUCCUUAAGGAGGCUGCUGUUAUGAAAGAGAUCAAACAUCCCAACCUGGUCCAACUCUUGGGCGUGUGCACGCGAGAGCCUCCAUUCUACAUCAUCACAGAGUUCAUGACGCACGGCAACCUGCUGGAUUACCUGAGGGAGUGCAACAGAGAGGAGGUCAAUGCCGUGGUGCUCCUCUACAUGGCCACGCAGAUCUCCUCCGCCAUGGAGUACCUGGAGAAAAAAAAUUUUAUACACAGGGACCUAGCCGCCCGCAACUGCCUGGUCGGGGAGAACCACCUGGUGAAGGUAGCCGACUUUGGCCUGAGCAGGCUGAUGACGGGGGACACCUACACGGCCCACGCUGGGGCCAAGUUCCCCAUCAAGUGGACAGCGCCAGAGAGUCUGGCCUACAACAAGUUCUCCAUCAAGUCUGACGUCUGGGCAUUCGGCGUGUUGCUAUGGGAGAUCGCCACCUAUGGGAUGUCGCCGUACCCCGGCAUCGACCUGUCCCAAGUGUACGAACUGUUGGAGAAGGACUACCGCAUGGACCGACCCGAGGGAUGCCCCGAGAAGGUCUACGAGCUCAUGAGGGCUUGUUGGCGGUGGAACCCUCUAGAGCGUCCGUCUUUUGCUGAAACCCACCAAGCCUUUGAGACCAUGUUUCAGGAGUCCAGCAUCUCUGAUGAGGUGGAAAAGGAGUUGGGGAAGAAAGGCAAGAAGGUGACGUUGGGCUCCAUUCAACAGGCUCCAGAGCUUCCCACCAAGACCAGAACCACCAAGUCCCUCCGUCUCCGAUGCAAAAACACAGACAACCGGGAUGGAGAUAGUCCAGACCCCCUGGAGCCCGAGGCCGCUGUGUCCUCCCCUAUGCUGCCCAGGAAGGAGCGCCCCCUUCUGGAUGGCAAUCUAAACGAGGACGACCGCCUGCUGCCCAAAGACAAGGACAAGACACGUGGCAGCGGCUUUCUGAGCCUCAUCAAAAAGAAGAAGAAGAACGCGCCGGCUCCUCCCAAACGCAGCUCGUCUUUCAGAGAGAUGGAUGUCCAUGCCGAUCGGAGGGGCGGGUGUCCAGAUCCCCGCGAUGGCGACUGCCUUAAUAACGGCGGAUCUUUGGCUGUUAAUGACGCCACCCAUGUUCUAGACUCCUCAAGGUUUCUGGGUACCAACAACAAUGGGGCAGGGGGUAUCACUAAUGGUGCUCCCUCCUACCCUGGACCGUUGUUUCCCAGGAAGAAGGGGGCGCCUGCUGUGCCCGGACCACUGGGCAAGGCCGCCAUCACCCCACCCGGUGAAGAGGAAGUCAUGACGAACUCUAAACGCUUUUUUUGGUCAUCUAGUCUCCCUACCGGCUCAGAUGGCACCGAAUGGAGAUCGAUCACGCUGCCUCGGGACUUGGGCCAGCGCCACUUUGACUCUGGAACCUUUGGUGGAAAACCUGCUCUCCCUCGCAAGAGAACCAACGAGCAGAAAGGGGACACCGCCCCUCGAAUGGGAACGCUGACCCCUCCACCACGUUUGCCGAAGAAGACCGAGGAGGCGGCAGAUGUGUCCAAAGACGCUGAGCCAAGUCCUGGAUCCAGUCCCCAGGCGCUGACCCCCAAGGUGGUCAAGAGGCCAGGGAUGCCAGGACUGGAGAACUCCAAGACCAGUGCUCUGCAUGCUGAGCUCCUCAAGCCCAGUGUCUUCCCAGCCUUGGGGGCCGCCGGAGAGGAAUGCAGAGCUCGCCGAAACAAACACACUGUGGACUCUGUUCGAGAGAGGGGAAAGUUCCAGAAACCCAAACCGGCUCCCCCUCCGCCACCCGCCAAUGCCAAAACAGGCAGGACCUCCCGCAGCCCCACCCAGGAUCUCCCCUCCCCCUCGACAGAAGGCAAAGUUAAGGGCCUCCCCUCUGCUUCCGACCCCCAACACACAACCACUGCCAGUGAGCAUGGCCGCUCCCCCCUCAGUGAGGCUCCCAAGAAACUACCCCUGGGCUGCAACUCCAAACCUCAACCGCUCAAGACCUCCACCUCGCUGAGCAGCUCCCUUGGGGGUGACACGGUGAUGCCCACUGCCUUCAUCCCCCUGGUGAACACCCGUCGCUCCCUCCGCAAGACAGCACCCCGGCAAGCCUCGGAGCGCACGCCUAACUCGGCGGUGACGCGCGAGAUGGUGCUGGAGGGCGCCGAGCAGCUCCGCACCGCCAUCUGCCGCAACUCGGAGCAGACGGGCAGCCACGGCGCCGUGCUGGAGGCGGGCAAGAACCUGUCCAAGUACUGUGUGAGCUACGUGGACUCCAUCCAGCAGAUGAGGAACAAAUUCGCCUUCCGUGAGGCCAUCAACAAGCUGGAGAGCAGCCUGCGCGAGCUGCAGAUCUGCCCCACCGCCUCUGGGGGGGCCAACGCUCAGCAGGACUUUAGUAAGCUGCUGUCCUCUGUCAAAGAGAUCAGCGACAUCGUUCAGAGGUAGCGUCGUUAAAUCCUCACAGCUGAACUGAAACUUUUUUGGGGGUGCGGGCGUGCACAUGAACUGUGCUCCAUGUAAGGCUCAUGUUUGAGAGCUGAGUGUCCCAGUUGAUACUUCUCAUCCCAUCUGGGCUUUUUGUGAAUGGAAGCCAAGGAACGUGCAGGAGUUAGCCUUAACUAUGAAUGAGCAAUGUGCUCAACAUCACGCUUGAAAAAAGGUGCCUAAUAUUUCCAUUGUUUAGGCUGCGUUCACACUUGUGGCUUUGUUGGUGUGCACUUUGGUGCCGAUCGCUUGACUUUCACACUGGUAUUUUGUCAUGGGACCAAAGACUGUGCAGUAAAGAACAUACUCUAUGCAUAAAGUAGGGAUUUAAUUGGACUGCUUUUGUGGUAUAGUAAGUUACGCAACUCGAAUGUUCCAAGCCAAAAUACAGCCGGGUUGGAUACCUUGGCUAUUUUUACCAGUUUGGAUUUCACCAAAAGCUUUUAAAAUAUACUUUGAAAGAGCUCCAUUGUCACACACACAUAUGGAGAGAGAGAGAACUUCCAACGCAUUUUCCUUUUGACAUUUGUGCAUGCUUUUUGUUGUCAUUUUACACUGGCCCGUGUCUUUGGUCCGUGUAGCGCUCACAUUUGAGCUCAAGUGAACCGAACCGCACCAGAGUGUGAAGCAACGUCUGUAUCCGCUUGCUUGGUGCACACGAGAGUUGACCAAAUGAAGCGCAUUAGCAGAGAAAAUGCACCAGAGUUCCUUUUAACUGAACCAUGUGUGACAAGUGUGAACGCACCCUUAGUUACAUUUUCAAUCAAAACAGCAUGCCUUUAAAUUCUUAGUCCCAACAUGUCCUAUUGAUUUGUCCACCAUUUCACCGGUAAGUCCAUUAAGUGUUUCCUAUGUACUGUGUGAAUGUGUUUUCUAAAAAAAUUCUGCAGUAUUUGCAACCACAUGCUAUACAACAAUGGGAGUAGGUAAGUUUUGUGUGCCUUAAAAACAUUUUUUCGCCAUACCAAAAAAAAAAAAAAAAGUCCCCAGUGUGUACUGGGGAGGGACCACAGAGAUGCAGAAGAUGCAACUUUUUUGACAGAUUUUUUUUUUUUUUAAAUACAUGCCAGUUUAUUAAAAGCCAUCAGUAGCAGCUUGAAGAGAUGACAGACAAAGUGUUUCAAGCAAAUGUCUCCUUGGGGAAACACUGGACUGAAUGUUGAAUGGAUCUGUCACGUGCUGUCUUAAAUUCUACAAAUGUUCAUGUGUGUGAUUGUGAUGCCCGAGGACUCAAAACCACAAUUUGGAUGUGGUAGUGUCACUUUUUAACCCCCAUACCACUACUCCUCUUUGUAAAUAUGUUUUCUUAUUCUUUAGCUCCGUGCAAUUGUUGUUGCAAUAAAAUUACAAAUCAAUGUCAAUGCUUAUGUGUCACUCAAAACACCAGACACAGACUGGACAACAACAGGUUAUGUAUAAUUUAUUUUUUCUUUUCCGUCUAAUUUUUUUUGUCAUUAAAUCAAAAUGUCAACAUUUUAAAAUCAUACACGCAAAAAGAAUGCAUUUAAAUGUUAGCACGGCUCCUGUUUCUUUCAAAAGUUUAUACAUAUGUACGUUGGUUUUUCUUUCUUCUGGACAGACAAAAGCAGGAAGUGGUCACUCAAGACAGCAAAAGGGAAAAGGACGACCCCAUCGACUUACCCACUAGCAAAGAGUUAAGACAGCGAUGCAGGACUCCUCCCCACGUAUCAGGUGGGGGAAAAUAUAAUAUAUAAACAAAAAGUGUCGACUCUGUACAAAGCAGAGAGUUAAAUGUUAGACAUAAAUACAAGUUUUGUAAUACAGAAUCCGGCAAGUUCAGUAGUGUGCGGAUGGAUGGUGGUCUUAGUGAGGGUGUGUUUGUGUGUGUCUACAUACAUUUAUUAUUAAUAAUAGAAACUAUGUUACAGAAUGUCCCCAGAAUGCAGUGAAUUACAGGCAACCCACUACUAGCACAUCAACUGUACACGGCCAGCAAAUAAUUAGCAAUAUUUAUAUUUACAGCUGUCCAAACUAGGAAGAAGUAAUUGGGAUUUGAUGUUCUGUUUAAAAGGAAGCAGGGCAUGCUGCUUGGUGCACUUUAUUCUUAUAAUACAAGGUG